AUGGAAGAAACGAGCGACACUCCCUUCUAUCAGGAUGAGGGGAUUUCAUCACACAUUAUUUCGCCCUACCUCUUUGACAAGUCAGCCUUGCACUUAAACUUACAGCCUUUGGCGGAGGAUCCAAAGAUUGGAGAUCUAAAAAAACAUGCAACGCCUUCGGAGCUACGGUCACCCGAUCUGGGUUUGCUUAAGCUUGGUUCACCCGAACUGGAGAAAAUGAUCAUGUCUUUGCAGGGAAAUGUGACAAGCGUCUCGAAUGUUAGCUCGCUCUUUAACUCAAACGUUCACGCACCGGUCAACGCAGAUCACGAUCACGAACCAUAUUCACGUGGGUUCACCGGUGCGUUGCAAGACCUACACGAUCGACAGAUUAGCAGAGAGUCUUCUCUUAUAGAUUUAGCGGACAACGCCGCGGAGUCUACGGAUCCAUUUUUAGGGCACACUACCGUGAGAAAUGCAUCCUUUUUGACGACAGUACCGGCGGCUACGAUAAGAACUUCAACGGAGUCUGUCGUGUAUUCUUCAAACUCUUCGCGCGUGGAUGCUAAUGAUUUCUUUGCGAGCAACGGAGGGUCUUUUUCUGCCCCUGUAAAAGGAGGCACAAUUUAUCCUUAUAAUGCCUCAGGUGUACCGGGCUACACGACGUUGUAUUCGUAUCCAUCAGAAAAUCCUCCAUAUUCCGCUUAUCAAGAUUUUAAUCUUGAGAACACCGCCAAUUUGCGUGCUUUUGCGUCUUAUAAUAACGCGCUUGCUCAAGAAAAAACGGAAUUGUCUGGGUACAAAUUGGAAAAUCAAGGGCAGAUAGUUUCCGAUCAUGGAUCUUUGCAACCAAUUGAUCUGGAAGUUCAAGAGAUCGUGAAACGAGAGCGGAAAAAGCAACGGAACAGAAUCGCUUCUUCUAAGUGUAGGAAGAGGAAACUGGAACGCGAGGCGAGGUUGGAAACACGGGUCAAAGAGUUAAAAGAGAGGAAUAUUGAAUUAAACGCGGUAGCCAAUGCGCUUAAACAGCAAGUCUGUGAUUUGAAGCAAAGAGUCAUGGAUCAUGUUAAUGAAGGCUGCCAAAUUAUGCUAGCUCACCAAUCCCAAAUGUAACCAACAGGUAUCUUCAGUCAUUCCAAGGUACGUGUGUAAAUUAACAAUUGUUGAUAAGCAUGUUUGACAAGCGUAAAAUCGCAACCACUUCAACUAAACAAAUUGCACGGGUGACUUUGUUACGUUUGGUGUAAGGAGAGAACAGAGUUGAUCUGUAUCUAUUCGCCUUUUAACACAAAAUUUUCAAGAUAAUUCACAUACAUCUCUAGUUAUAUUUGUUCUCGUAUCGUAAGUUUUCCUUGCCAGGUAACGUAGUUAAUUUGAGAAUUACCUCAUCAAAGAAGAAUACAUAAAACUCAUUGUAAAUAAGCCACUUUAUCAAAAGACCGGUUUAGUUUUCAUCUAAGAACGGUUGAAGACCUCAUUUUAAUAGAGAAGUUUAGCUUAAACAGAUAUUUAUCCCCGGGAUAACUUGUAUAUAGUUGCGAUCCGCAACGGUUUAAGAUUUAACGCUUUUGCGCAUGCGCAAAACAGAACAUUACAGGCUUCGCUGUCACGAUGGCUGGAAGGAGUGGGAAUGCUUUCUCAGUCUCAAAUUUUGACUCAUCUCCGAAGGAGUUUGAAGAAUAUUAAUGCACGCUAAGUUUCUGUUACAACAGAAUUCUCUUCUUCCGAUAAAGACAUGUUAUCUAAUACGAGGAAUUUUUCUCAUUCGAAGAGCGCGUAGUCAACCAAUAAACAGACUUAAUACGUGUUAUUUAUCACAAGAAUCUUUUCCCUUCUUUGAGCCAGGUUGUUGGAAAAAACUGCCGAGCCAUUCUUAGUCUCCCUAGCUUUUUGCAGUUUCUUUUUUGCAUUGCGAUUCUUUAACUUGUGCGUAACCAAACUAACUCAAGUUUCGCGUCUCUCUCGACAUUGUUUCUUUAAUUUUAAGUUUCCAGAAACGUUUCUCUUUGAAUUUUGGGAUUUGAAGAUUCAGGAAAAACUAUUAUGGUCUUGACAUGACUAAAAUUGAAUUCUUGAGAUACAAGCUUAAUUACCGUAAGUUAUGAUGUAAUCCUCAGCCACUCGAAGAAGAGAUUUCACCUGAGAAAUUUACCAAAAAAUUGUCUACUACACAAAAUGUUACAUAAUGGUUUUUCCCCUGGAAACUGCAAGAUUAGUAGCUCCAGGACUAACAAUGCCACGGCAGUUUUUAUUGUCUGCUGACAUUUACUUCAUUAAGAUUUCACGUGGGCUCAAAAAUUUGCACAUAAUUUAUUUUUGCUACGAUUGUAAAUAUAUUUCCAAGGUUUGUUUUUUGUGUUGGUUUAAUUAUUAGUAAAUAGCAAAGCUAUUUGAGUAUUUUAACUUCUUUUUUGCCGACACUUUCCUUUUUGGGAAAGACUGGUGUUGAAACAUUGACUCAAGUGAGUUACUAAAUGUAUAAAAAAACUCUUAUGAGCAAUAAAUCAUUGUAACAAAAGUCUAACGUAAGAGAACAAACUAUGAUAAGGAGUUCUACAUGAACGCCUCAUUCCAGAAGUAAUCCCUUUCAAGCUAUUUUUUGACGAAGGCAUCUUUCGAUUUGUCUUGAAUUUACCAUCAUGCAUUGUUCCCCACCAAAAUUGAUCUCGUUUCUUGGUUCUCUCUUCUUUCCGUUUGGUUCGGAAACGAGAAGGGGCCUGGGAACGAGGCUACAACUAAACAUUCUAGCUAACAGACACUAAGUCUAAAGAUAAUUUGAAAAGGGAUAUAUUUCUCCUUAUUAAGGAAAAUAUACAGGGAAAUUAUUUUCUUAGCUGAUUUUCUUUUGCCGAUUCUAACUUGUUUCAUAGGGCAACAAGGCAUUUUAUUCAAAACUUAGCGAGGUCACCGCAAUAAAUGAACUGAACACCUACUUUCAUGCAAAGCAGUUGCUAUAA